UUGAAACUUUUAUGAAAAUGUCCCAGUUUAGUCAAGCAAGUACCAUCCCCUAUGAAUUAAGCCAAGACCAUUUAUUUCGCGAAGAAUUAUUAGAAGUUGAUAGACUUUAUUUUCAUGAAGUUUUGUGUCCAGAGGGUGGUGCAAGUGAGAUAGAAUUUAGUCAGUCUGAUUCAGAAAAUGAUUCUAGCCAUGAAAGUAAUUCAGUAAAUGAUGAAUCAGAUGAUGAUGAAUGUAAUACAGAGACUGUUCAUUGUGAAAGUUUUGACCAUGAUUUAGAACCCACUGAAGAGGAUUUAAGACAGAGAAAGAAAACAGAUGAUUUCUUUACUCAGACCUGCAAGUGUAAAAAACUCUAUGGCAAACCAUGCAGUCAAGUUGUGGAUGGUAAUGAUAUUUCUGACUUACAUAUGUAUUCAGCUGGUUUGCAAACAGAUGAACUUGAUCUUGUUAUUAAAUCAGCCAUGUUGUGCCACAGAAAAAAUGGCCAACAAACUGACAGUAGUAAACAUAAACGGCAGGCGAGAGUUAGGCCCAGUCAGAAGUUUUAUGUAAAGGGAGUUGAAGUUUGCCGUGAAGUAUUCUGUUUUGCAUACAACAUCGGAAAGGAGAAACUAAAACGAAUUGGUCGGUCUCUUGACAGUGAUGGAUUGAUUGCUAGGACUCAUGGUAAUACCAAAAGACUACCUCAUAAUGCUAUCACAUUUGAGGAGAGAGAAAAUAUAAGAAAGUUCCUCAUCUGCUAUGCAUCUGACAAUGCAAUGCCCCUUCCCGGAAGACUUCCAAACCACCGCAAUAGUAAAGUGAUGUUGUUGCCAUCUGAUAAGUCACAAGCAGACAUUCAUGUGGAAUAUGAAAAAAUAGACGGUGCAAGAAGUAUUAGUCUUAGUACUUUUACCAGAGUAUGGCGGGAGUUGUGCCCACAUAUUGUCUUAGCGAAACCAAAAACAGACUUGUGUUUUAGAUGCCAAACAUUUUCUUGUAAAAUUUCACAAAGUGGUGCCCUUUCUGAAGAUGAUAAAAUGACACUUCUUGAUGAAUAUGAAAGUCAUGUUGAAAGUGCUAGACAUCAGAGGGAGCAAUAUAGAAUGCAGUGUGAUGACUCUAAAGUUACAUGUAGUGAAAACAUUACAGUUGAAGGUGCAGUAUCAUGUUCCUUAGAUGCAACCGUCCACUACAGCUGGGACUUUGCACAGCAGGUUCAUAUUCCACACCAUAGCCAACAGGUUGGACCCCUGUAUUUCAAAACUGCCAGGAGAUGUGAGGUAUUUGGAGUUUGCUGUGAAGGAUCUGAGAAACAGGUGUUUUACCUUGGUGAUGAGGGUGUUGCCCCAGGCAAAGGAGCAAACACAGUUGUCAGCUACCUCCACCAUUACCUUGAAAACUACGGCCUGGGUGAGGAACAUGCCCAGUUCCAUUUUGACAAUUGCCAAGGACAGAACAAAAAUAAUGCAGUUCUUGGUUAUGCUGUGUGGAGAACAUUGACGGGAGGGCAUAAGACAAUCCAAUAUUCAUUGAUGCUAGCCGGCCACACCAAAUUCUCAUGUGAUUGGCAUUUUGGAGUGUGGAAAAACAGAUGGAGACACAUGGAUGCAGAGACAGUUGAGGAGGUGGCUUCCACAGUAGCAAUGUCAUCCCGUAAUGGCCACAACAUCCCCCAUAUUGUUGAUGGCAACAGCAAACCAGUGUUGUUCUAUGACUGGAGCACCUUCUUCAAAGGCAUGUUCAAACCAUUGAAGAACAUUUCGAAAUACCAUUCAUUUGAGGUGUCUUCUAACGAGCCUGGGGUUGUAAGAGUAAGGAAGUUUGUUGAUGCCCCUGAGGAGAAAAUUAACAUACUGAAAACCUGCCAAGUGGAUAUUUGUGUUAUGCCAGAGCAGAUCUUUGGUGAGGGAAUAAAUGCUGAAAGGCAAUGGUACUUGCAUGAUGUAAUAAGAGACUUUUGCAGAUCGGAUCAUGCUAAAAACACAACAUGCCCUUUGCCAUUAGUUGCAAAAGAAGGCUAUUCAAAGGCCAAAAAACAAAAGUUGAAAUAGGUAACUUUAUUGAGAACACUUUCUGUGUGUGUUUCAGCAAAAGGUAUAGUUUGUGUCUUGCUAUAAACAGAUUGGCAUGUAUAAGUUGAAGUUUAAUGUUUUCAUUUUCAUUCAAAGAAUAUAUUUCUUAGUGUAACAUUGAUAAAAUAUUUAUGAUUUUGGAUAAAAUAUUUAUGAUUUUAGGAAUGUAUGGUUUCCAUGGCAACCAAUAGUAACAAACUUGAUUGAUCAUUGAAUACCUAUGCAUAAACGUGUAUUUCAUUUAUGGGAAUAUCAUUGAACAGUUGGCCAUCUAUAUGUAAAGUAUGAUGGCACUCAUAUUUUCCAUACAUGACUGCAGUAUAAUAUUCAAGUGUACAUUAUAAAUCUACAUGUUAUAACUUUAUAGUUAUACAUACAUAUAGUUUCAAUGUUCCUUGCUUUAUGUUUGUUCUCAAUUUUGUCAAAUAAGGCAUGUGUCAAUGCUUUCCUUGUAAAUACAUUUCAGUCUGUGUCAUCUUACAACUCUAAACUAAUGAAAUGAGCAAAAAUAUGAACUAUCUAGGUAUAAGUAAGUUUCUAUGGCAACCAAAUAAAACAUGUCUUCUUAUUGAAAUAAAAAAAAAAUUGAUUUCACCAGACAAGUUACAUCUUUUAAAUAAUUGCUUGUUUUAAAAUAAUGUGUUUGUGUUUUGAUCAAUACAAUGAUAAGCUCACUACUUUUGAUCAAUUUACCUUGUUUAAGAAAAGUGGCAGAUUUUCUUCACAGGGUCUAUUGUUAAUUGCUGUAAACAUUCUAUUUUACUACAUAGCUGGCUGAAAAUUUAAUGCUGUACUGAAAUAUUUCCUGCAAACAUAACAUAUCAAAUUCAAAUGUGAUUUUAUGUAUUUAAGCAGUUUUUUGCGUUUAUUUGGAUAAAUUUCUCGUGAAAAAAUUGUAGUCAUGGCAACCGUUUUUAUGAAAUGCACAUGUAGUGUUACAUUCUCCAUAAAUGAUGUUAUUGAUGUUAUGAUAAUGUUUCCACAAAAAUAAAAAGUGUUGCAUUCUAUUUCAAUGGAAUACAGACUCUUAAAAUCAAGGUAGUUGUAUUUACUUAUGUUUCCAUUUCCUUCAUUGUUUUCGCCAUUUUAUAACAAAUAGUGGUAUCGCGAAAUUUGUCCUCAAUAAGUCAAUUUUAAAGAUAUCAGCUUAAAACUUCAGGACUUUAUUUCUGAAACAUAGCACAUUCAGAAAAUGUAAAAACCUGAAAAUGUCAUUUUUCCUCAUUAGGACCCAUUUUUGCAGACUUGGUCACAUAUGACUAAAAUCG